AUGAAUAAUAGUUCAGUAGAUCAAUCACGUAUAUCAACAAAUGCAAUACCUCUUAUUGGAUCUAUCUAUAGUCGUACUUGGUCUUAUUUAGCAUUUGUUUGGCUUGGUCUAGGUGUUCUAUUACCAUUUCAUUUUUUUAUUAUAGCCGAUCCAUAUUUUCGUCAUCAAUUACAUGAUUCAACAUUAUCAAAUGCAUCAAUAUCUCGUCUUGAAUUAUCAUAUGAAAAUGUUGUUACAUUAUGUGCAUCAGUAACACAAAUCACAACUAUAAUAUUAGUUACAUUUAUAUUUGUUCCAUAUAUUCAUAAAUAUCGAAUAUAUACAUCAUUAUUUGGUAUAACAAUAUGUUUAAUUAUUUGUUUAUCAUUGAUUUUUGUUAAUGUUGAAAAAUGGCGUUUAAUAUUUUUUAUUUCAACUAUGAUACUUGUUAUGAUACAAAGUAUGUGUUGUGCUGUUUUACUUAAUUGUUUCUAUUCAUUAGCAUCAACAUUACCUAGUCGAUAUUUACAAGGUUUUAUAUCUGGUCAAGCACUUGGUGGUCUAUUUGUUAUAAUAUGUUCAAUAAUAUCAAUAUUACUUUCAAGUCAUGUAAAAACAUCAACAGCUAUUUAUUUUCUUAUUGCAAUUGUAGUUAUUAUAUCAAAUAUAAUAAUAUAUUAUUUUCUUGAAAAAACUCAUUUAUUUCAAAUAUAUACAUCAGCUAUACAAGAAAUAAAUAAUGAACAUGAACCAUUAUUUCAUGAAUCAUUAUCAUCAUCAUCUUAUAAUGAUAAUAAUGUAACAUUAAGUGUAACAUCAUUAGCUAUACGUCAACGUUUAUUUGUUGCUUAUAAAUAUACAAAAUGGAAUUUUUAUGGUAUAUUUUUAACAUUUAUGUCAACAUUAACUAUAUUUCCAGCAUAUUUAUCAAAAAUUCAACCAUCAUAUCCAUCAAUUAAUUAUUCUAAUACAUUAUGGACUAAACGAUUAUAUGUACAAGUAAUGACAUUUCUAUUAUUUUAUAUUGGUGAUACAUUUGGACGUGUAAUAUCAUUAAAAAUUCAAAUACCAUCACUGUUAUAUCCACGUACAUUAUUUUUGAUAUGUUUGUCAAGAUUUAUAUUUAUAAUAUUAUUUGGUUUUUGUAAUUUUCCAAAUACAAAUGGAUAUCCAUAUUUAUUUAAAAAUGAUUUUAUUUAUGCAUUAUUAGUAUUAAGUUUUUCUAUAUCACAUGGAUAUUGUAAUUCAAUUAAUAUGAUUUAUGCACCACGACGAGUACAUGCACAAUUAUCUAGUACUGUUGGUGCACUUAUGAUGAUGGCAUUGACUUCGGGUAUCUGUGUUGGUUCAUUAUUAUCCUAUGGUGUUGUAGCUAUGUAUGGUGAUAAUAAGCCAUCAACGAUUCCACAUUUUCAAUGA